AUGUCUUCGCCUGCUUCCACCGUCUACGUCAUUUCUGGCGCUACGCGCGGCAUCGGCUUCGCCCUCACUUCCCUCCUCGCCCAGCGCGACGACGUCCUCAUCUUUGCCGGCGCCCGCGACCCGGCAAACGCCCUUCCGCUUCAGGAGCUCGCCAAGAAGACGGGCAAGGUUGUCCCGGUCAAGCUGGAGGCGGCGAACGAGCAGGACGCUGCUGCCCUCGCCGAGCUCGUUCAGGAAAAGGCUGGCAAGGUCGACGUCCUGAUCAACAACGCCGGUAUCGCUGAAGACUUCAACAAGCCCGUCCUCGCCACGCUCCCGGCCUCUUUCACGAAACAAUUCACCGUCAACGCUCUCGGUGCACUCGUCCUCUUCCAGCACCUCUACCCUCUCCUCACCAAGUCCGCCUCUCCUCGCUUUUUCGCGAUCACCUCCGGCGCCGGCUCCACCGGCUCAGUCGCACUCACGCCCUUGAGUCUCGCUGCGUACGGCUCGUCAAAGGCCGCUCUCAAUCACCUCGUCGCCCACAUCGCCCGCGAGCACGGCGAGAAGGACAACCUCCUCGCCACGCUCGUCCACCCAGGCGCCGUCUCGACAGAGACAGCCAAGACGACCCUGGAGGCGGCAGGUAUCCCUCUCGACCCUCAGCUCCUCAAUAUGACGAUCCUCACGCCCGACGAGAGUGCCAGCGCGCUCGUCAAGCUCUUCGACGAGGCCAAGCGCGAGACGCACGGCGGCAAGUUUCUCUCCUACAACGGAACGGAGAUCCCUUGGUAG